AUGAACGCAAUGCUCUCCGGCAUCCCUGGCACAGCUGGGUACCUGGACGACAUCAUCUUCGUGCGUCGCUCCCCUGCCGAGCUGCAAGACCGAGUGUGCGCAGUAAUCGAACGCGUGCAGGAAUAUGGCUUUCGCCUACGAGCCGACAAGUGCCACUUCUUCCUCGACUCAAUCAAGUACGUUGGAUUCGUUUUUGACGUCAUUGGUCGCCAUCCAGAUCCUGAAAACUUUCGGGCCAUCCAACGGAUGACUGCACCCAAGAAUGCAUUGCAACUUCGUUCGUUCCUUGGCCUGAUCAUUUACUAUAGCGCCUUCCUACCAUCGCUGCAUGACGUACGGGCCCCGCUCAACCAUCUGCUGCAGAAGGAUGCUCCUUGGUGCUGGUCCCCCCAACUGUGAAAAGACCUUCACCCAGCUAAAGUCGAUGCUGAGUUCAAAUCUGCUGCUCACGCACUACGACCCGACGCUGCCGAUCGUUGUUGCUGCAGAUGCUUCCAACCACGGAGUUGGUGCCGUCAUCUCACAUACUUUUCCUGAUGGGUCUGAAAAGGCGAGCAUGCAUGCAUCUCGCACGCUAACCCCUGCGGAGAAGAACUAUGGGCAAAUAGAGAAAGAAGCUCUAGCCCUCGUGUUGGCCGUCAAGAAAUUUCACAAACUGUUGUACGGUCACCACAUCACGUUGUUGACGGAUCACAAAACAUUGCUGUCAAUCUUCGGUUCGAAGAAGGGCAUUCCCGUCUACUCAGCCAGCCGACUUCAGCGAUGGGCAAUCAUCCUUCUUAGCUACGAUUAUGACAUUCGCUACUGUCGUACUACAGACUUUGGUCAGGCUGUUUUCCUACAGGACAACACCGAAUCUGGUGUCCCCUGGUGGCGUUUCUUCUGCCGAAGCUUUGAUGGGCCGAAAACUGCAGACAACAUUUCAUGCCCUCGUCCCUCGCGGUGGGCAGCCCGCGCAGACUUCGCCAGUCUCUCGCAGCAUGCUCUCCAUCGGAACACCUGUCUUCGUUCGUGA